CACUGAGUUUAGCUAGAUCAAUUUGUGAGCUUAGCAUAUCUGCGAUGGCUUCCAGGACAUGGCAUUUCUUGCUCGCCCUCUUCCUCCUGUCCUCCGCUGCGUAUGGGCAGCUCUCGCCGUCCUUCUACGCCACGAGCUGCCCCCUGCUGGAGCUCACCGUGCGCGCCACCAUGAUCGCUGCGCUCCUCGCCGAGCGCCGAAUGGGCGCCUCCCUCCUCAGGCUCCACUUCCAUGACUGCUUUGUUCAAGGCUGUGACGGAUCCAUUCUUCUGGAUGACGUGGGCAGCUUCGUCGGCGAGAAGACGGCCUUCCCGAACGUGAACUCCGUGCGCGGCUACGAGGUGAUCGACCGGAUCAAGGCCAACGUGGAGCUGCUCUGCCCCGGCGUCGUCUCCUGUGCCGACAUCGUCGCCCUCGCAGCACGCGACGGCACGUUUCUGCUAGGCGGGCCGAGCUGGGCGGUGCCGCUGGGCCGGCGGGACUCGACGACGGCGAGCCUGGCGGAGGCGAACGCCGACCUCCCGGGGCCGACGCUGAACCUCGACCAGCUCAUCCGCGCGUUCGACAAGAAGCAGCUGACCCCGCGGGACCUGACGGCGCUGUCGGGCGCGCACACCAUCGGCUUCUCGCAGUGCCAGUUCUUCCGCGGCCACAUCUACAACGACACCAACAUCGACCCGGCGUUCGCGGCGCUGCGCCGGCAGGCAUGCCCCGCCGCGGCCCCCGCCGGCGACUCCAACCUGGCGCCCUUCGACGCGCAGACCCAGCUCGUCUUCGACAACGCCUACUACCGCAACCUAGUCGCCCAACGCGGCCUGCUGCACUCGGAUCAGGAGCUCUUCAACGGCGCCUCCCAGGAUGCGCUGGUGCGCCAGUACGGCUCCAACCCGGCGCUCUUCGCCGCCGACUUCGUGGCCGCCAUGAUCAAGAUGGGCAACAUCGCCCCCCUCACCGGGUCCAGCGGCCAGAUCAGGCGCAACUGCAGGGUCGUCAACAGCUAGCUGAUUGGUCGUCUAAAUGAUCAAUUGAUCAUGCUACGUGAUGAUGGAGAUGUCUCAAGUUUGGUUGGCUACGAAGGUAACCAACCAGCAUGCAUGCAUGGCAGAAUAAGAGCCGUUUGGUUCAGGUUUAGAUGAUUGUUGCCUUUGUCCGUGCUUCAUCAUGUAAGUUGCCGGUCUCUGCAGUACUACUAUCAUGGAAAUCAAGCAACUCUCGAAUGUGUAUUUGCCACAAAACUGACAGAAAAGAAGAAUACUGGUCAUA